UGUGGGCCAUUGUCUUUUUAUUGUUUUUUAUUGUUUGUUUUUAACUUGUUAAGCACUUUGUGCUACUUUUGUAUGAAAAGUGCUAUAGAAAUAAACUCUGAUUGAUUGAUUGAUUGACAUAUCGACAAACAGAGAUGCAGGAAACACAGAAACAGACACAGACAUGUGUUACUAAAACAAAAUUAAACCAGAAACCAAAACCCAGGAACCACAAAAACUCUGAAUAUAUUUUUUAAAAUAUAGAUAUAUAGAUUUUUUAAAAAUGUUUUGAAGUACUUGAUCCAUUAAGCCCUUAGCUAGUUUUUAAAAUGUCCACACAAUAUAACAUCCCCAAAUUUGAGGUAGAUGUUAACACACAAAAUGAACAAUCUUGCACUGUAUGGAAGAGAAACAUGAGCGAGAUUUUAAAAAGUUCAGAAGAAAAUAUCAUUUUGUCUUCUACCUAAGCAAGUCUAUAAAGUACAGGGUAAAUAAUGGACAAAAAAAGAAUCAGCGACCACAGUCUUAUUGAAACUGUUGUAAAAGUUGUCACCGACAGCUCACAGAAACCAAGCUAAACCACAAUACGUGCAUUUUCAGUUUUAAUAACAGAUACACCGUCCGAAACCUCUAAAAGAAUUAAGAAAGAAAUACUUUAGAGGUGUAUUGAGGCAAAACAAAUCUUUCUGUGUCUGUAGAGUGAAACAGUGUGUGUCUGAUGAUGAUCGGCAUCCAGCAGACAUGACAGUAUGAUGCAAACCACCAGACUUUAUCAUUAGAAGGUUUCAUAAGAGAGGACACGCGAGCUUACAUUGAUCUACUUUAUGGAGGUUUAUUCUUGCCUAUUUAUUUAUCCCUAACUUCAUCAUAAAAGUUGUUAUUAUAGAAAGUGGGAUGAAAGUCAGACACCAGGCGUAGCGGCUGCCUGACAGGCCUUACUGAGGGUGUAAAAGCAGCAUUUAUCACCAGGUGUACUAUUACAGUUUAAGACCCGCCUCUGCAGCCUGUGAUUGGCUACAAGUUCAACCCAUGAUUCUGAACAGCCAAUAAAAUCACCGAUUACUUCCAUCUGCUCUAAUGUUCCGAAGGUCAGAUUGUUCCGGCACAGAGUUAACUUAACUUCAGGAAUUUCCUCAUCUUUGCACAUGCUAGUGUUUUUUUCAGGGACUCACAGAUGUCUUCCACAGUGAAACAAGCAGUUUCAGAGCUCUCUGUGCUGGUGCCAUGGGGGGAGAUCAGAGGGAAAGCCUGGGGUCCUGAUCACGGUCACCCUGUGCUGUGCCUGCACGGAUGGGCUGAUAACUGCGGUUCAUUCAACACCCUGAUUCCUCUUCUACCUACAGAGUGCAGGUACGUUGCCGUGGACAUGCCAGGUCACGGUCUGUCGUCACAUCGUCCUCCUGGCGUCUUCUACUCGUUCCCUGCAUACGUGGCAGAUGUGCGCAGGGUUGUCGAUGAUCUGGGUUGGACAAAGUUCUCCAUCAUUGGCCACAGUAUGGGUAGUAACAUCGCUGCUAUGUUUAGUGCUUUGUUUCCUGAGAUGGUGGACGGCCUCGUGCUGCUGGACUUCCCCGGCUUUUUUCCUACAGUCAUGAGCGACAUCCCAAAAAUAAUGAAGCAGGGGAUCGAGGAGAUGCUGCAGUUUGACAAAGGGAAGAAAGACAACCAGAGAGUUUAUACGUAUGAGAAGGCAGCGGAGAGGCUUUCGACUGCAAAUCCGACUCUGACUGAAGCCUCUGUGCGCACGCUUUUAGAGCGAGGUCUAACUCAAACUGAAGGAGGAUUUGUGUUCUCCAGAGACCUGCGAGUUAAUUUUAAAAACAUCGUGCGGACCACUCUGGAGCAGGGUCUGGAGAUGCAGUCGAGGAUUCAGGCGGCUGUUCUUGUUGUUCUAGCAGACAAAGGCUUUGUUGCAGGAUUAUCAAAGAUCAACGAACACAAACUCAUCACACAGCUUCUCCAAGACUAUCGAGGCAGAAAUCACUCUGUGGUGACGGUUCCAGGAGAUCAUCACGUCCAUCUGAAUAAUCCCGAAGCCGUCGCGCCGCUUAUUUCUGACUUUCUGCAGACCAAAGUCCUCUCACAGCAGCUGACAGAUUAGUGGAACAACUCUCUCAUUGUGAAAUGUCACACUUCAAGUCUCAGUUUCUCAUCUCUCUCAGGACAGUCAUAACCAUAACAUCCUCAAUGUCCGUCCUGAUUUGAACACAGCCAUAACCUCACUUGUGUUUUUGUUGCAUUGUUAAAUUGUGUUUAGCUGUUGUUAUAUGAGAGACUUCUGUGUGCAUGUCAGACUGUAGUGUUAAACUGCUUCCAAUAAGAACUAGAAGGAUGAAGAGAAGUCUCAUUUGGCUGAAUUAAAUUAGCUUAAAUAAUGAAUUAAAAUGAGCAAAUAUAACAUGAGAAUGAAACGAAUGCAAUCAUGUAACAAAAUCAAUUCCAGUGAUAUAUUAUUUUCCUCUACUCCUGUCAAAGUGUAACAUGUUGUUGUUGUUUUUUUUCACAAUCAGCUUCAGUUUUCAGGUCAGAAUUUGCUCCACACUGAACAAAAAAGUAGUUCUUGUGUAACUGGUGCAGUUGCAGGUUCAUGGUUUCUGUGCUCAGAUAUCGCAGCUCUACGUUUGAAGCUGAUCUGUUUAACUCAGCUGCUUUUCAUGAAUCUGCCUAGCCUGUGCAGAAUGAGCUAAAAAUGGCAAUCAUUAAAAAAGAUGACAACUUUUCAUUAUGUAGGCCAUCAGCUCUGGCUUCUUUUUUUGUUUUGUCUUGGAAAAGGAAAUCAGGGGAGCCACGAUCCAUAAAAAACAAAACACUGCAGCUGCUGUCAUUCAGAGCCGAAAUGAAAAGAGCAGCUCAUCAUAUUAAAAAAUAAAAUAAAAAAAUUCCCUCCA